AUGUCCGAAUGGAACCCCAAAUCCGCAAAGAGGCGACCUCUGAACCGAACAAAUGAUCAAAAUGUGCAUCAAGAUGAGCAGGCCUUUGAGGGCAUCAGAAAGAAGCCUAAGAUUUCUUUAACUGGGUACGAAUCUGACUCUUCCGAUAAUCAUGAUAGCGAUGAUAAUGUAGAUACCAUCGAGAAAGAUGAACCCCAACAUGCAAAUAAUGAUGAAAAUGACAUGUUUGCAGUCGAUGAAGAUGAAACCGUCGUUCUCCCAACAAGGAAAGCUUUGUCUGCUAAUCAAGAACUGGAUUACAAUCAGUUUAACAAAGAAAAUAUCGAGGACAUAAACGGUCCUUCCGAGGCUGGCCUAUAUGAUGAUGACAACAAAGAGGUUCAAGUUGAAGCAUUUAACAUUGAGGAAGAGCGAAAAAACGGGUAUUUCGAUAAGGAAGGCAAUUAUGUGGAGACACAGAAGGAUGAAGAUGAUGCCAUUCAGGAUCAAGAUCUCUGGAUUGACGAUGUAAAGAAUGUUGAAGAGGUUGCGGCGUCACAGAAAUUGGCCACUACCAUUAAAAAGAAAAACCAGAAAACUCUACAAGAGACUAUGAGACAUUACAUGAUUGACGAAGCCUUACUUAGAUUGAAGUAUUUUCUUUGCGAGAAAGAAACAGUCAUGGAAACAAUGAUAAGGUUAAACAAGUUACGUAAAAUGUCCGAAUCUUCCAAGGAGUUCAUAAUAAAUUCAAUCGAAUUGCUUUCAGACCUCAUCAACAUUCUAGAACAGAAAGGGUUUGAUGACGUUUACUCGUUAAAACGCUCGGACGUCGUCAAACUCUUGAGGGAAGAGAGCCUAGGGGAUUUCCCGCUAGAUGACGACUAUAAAACGCAGUUGUGGAAUUUCAAGUGGUUCAGGAAGCCACAAAUUGUGCACGGACCGUACACGAACUAUCAGAUGCAAUACUGGAAGCUGUCCUACUUCAAAAACAGCGUAGCCGUACGGCUGCGAGACGAACCAGACAAACCCCAGAAUUGGCUUCACAUAGAUAGCAUAACAUUCAUGUAA